CGCCCCUAGCUCGCAGCACGCACGCCACUCAACGCUCAAGACAAGCGCAGGCGACUUUACGUUCCUUAAACGGAAACAAGACAUAAGAGAUCCAGACCAGUCUGGUCGCCGUCCAAACGGAUCCCAGCCGGUCUCCUCGUGCUACCGCGACACUUCACCCCAUUUUGGUUCGAACCAGACUUUACGUCGUCAGCUGUCGAGCCAAGUGGUCACAUGAUGGAAGAACUUCACGACGUCCAGCUGACUGAGAUCAAACCGCUCCUGACUGGACAGAAUGGAGGAAACCUGCAGGACUUUGACUGUCAGGAGUACGACGUGGAGACGACUCACUGUGCGUUGCACGUGACCAUGAGAGGGGUUGCUAAGGGCAACCGACCUACCAUCCUCACCUACCAUGACAUUGGACUCAACCACAAGUCUUGUUUUAACAGCCUGUUUAACUACGAGGACAUGCAGGAAGUGACUCAGCACUUCUCGGUUUUGCACGUUGACGCUCCAGGACAACAGGAGAAUGCUCCCACUUUCCCUACCGGGUACCAGUAUCCAACGAUGGACGAGCUGGCUACGAUGCUGCCGUCAGUCCUCACACAGCUGCAGAUAAAGAGCGUGAUUGGUAUUGGAGUUGGAGCUGGAGCCUACAUUCUCACCAAACUCGCUUUGAAUGAGCCCAGUCUGGUGGAGGGUUUAGUUCUGAUCAAUAUUGAUCCCUGUGCCAAGGGCUGGAUGGACUGGGCCGCAUCCAAGCUGAGUGGCUGGACCAGCAACCUGGUGGACAUCAUCAUGGGACACCACUUCAGCACUGAUGAGUUGACAGAGAACAAGGAGAUCAUCCAGACGUACAGGCUACACAUUUCUCAGGACAUUCCCCUGGACAAUCUGGCCCUGUUUUAUACCAGCUAUGAUAGUCGGACAGAGUUGCAGAUGGAGCGUCCAGCAGCUGGUUUGAAUGACAACACUGCCAAUACGCUCAGGUGUCCUGCCUUGCUGGUGGUUGGAGAUACAUCGCCUGCUGUCGACGCUGUGGUGGAGUGUAAUUCCAGAAUGAACCCCACCAAGACCACCCUGCUCAAGAUGGCAGACUGUGGAGGGCUUCCACAAGUGGUGCAGCCAGGAAAACUGGCAGAGGCCUUCAAAUAUUUUGUGCAGGGUAUGGGCUACAUCCCUCAUCUUGUAUUAAACCACCUGAGCAGCCAAUCAGUGCCCACGGCCGGUAUGACCCGCUUGGUCCGUUCCAGGACUCACUCGGCCUCAAGCGUCGGCUCAAGCGAUGGUGUCCGGAGCCGCGUUUCCACCAACGCUCCCCCGGAGGGCGCCCCGACCGCCAGCCCCUAACCCCCACAACCCCCCAUCCCCUUCCCUCUUCCCGCCGGCGAUGCACGCCGCGGAGAUGACGGCGGAGGACGGCUUCCUCUCACUCUCCUCCUGAGCGCAGCUCCACAGUUUAGCCUCUGUCAUCGUUAGAAUCCUUCUCAUCAUAGCUGAGCAAGUUCUCCCAAUGAGGUAGCAACGGAUGCGGCCAUCUUGGUGCGCUAAGGAAGCUGUUAUUGGUGUGUUGCACUCACUUCCUCCCUCCCUCCAGCCCUGCGGUUGCCGUGGUGAUGCUGUAGAUGGCGUUCAUAUGAGGUGUUGUAUUUAUGAUUGAGUGGUCUGCAGCUUGUUUUAGUGGCUCAGACCCUGUUGAUGUUGCUUAAUAUUGCUAGAAUCUUUCUGUUUUAGUUGUAGCUGCUUGCUCCAAAUGCUCUUUUGCUACCAUCCAUCCAUCCAUCGAUUUUCUAUGCCACUUAUCCUCUCUUUUGCAACCAAUUAUGUUGAAUUUAUGGAAAUAUUUCAUCAACGAUCCUGAGCCGUCCACAGUGUAGUGAGCCUCACUUAUGUUCUUGAAUAAGCUUAUUUUCUGUUGAAAAGGUGUCAGUGUCAGGUGAUGCUAGCAUGGCUGUAAGGCGUGUUAUUGUUUGUUUUCCCUUCAUUUGAAGUGUUCUCUAUUGAGACAGCCGGGCCUGUCGACAGCAUGCUGCUUGUGGAGUUUUGGCAUGAAAAGUGUCCAGUGUUUGCAGUCUCGUGAGUGACUUAGUUCAGCUGUCCACCAUCGUAACAAGCAGGGUUAACAGCUCAGAACUUCAAAUUGUACAAGUGAUGCAGUUGGCUUUUGAGUUUUUUAGUUGCUCUAUAUGCCACCGCGAUGGGUUUGAAAUAAAACAGCCUACCUGUGAUUGAAGUGCAGACUUUCAGCUUUAAUGUAAGAGCUUUGGCUAAAAUCUACCAUUAAGUUACAGCCAUGCAAUGUAGAAUAGCUCAGAAGCGGCCAAAAUGGCUGUAAUAUCUGAAUAGUAAUUGUCCCUUCAGUCACACAGUUGACUGUUGUAUUCCAAAUCUAUUGUGGUGGUGUAUAAAGACAUAAACGUUCUGCACCUAAUUGUAUGACAUUUGGCCCUACUGUGAAGUUUGUUGAUAUUAUAAGACCGGUGUCCAAAGUGUGGCCCCAGGGUCAGUUUGACUUUUAUUUUUUUUUUUUUAAAUUGGCCCUCACCAUAUUGUAAAAUGAAAUGAAUUCAUUAGGUAAGCGAUCUGGGUCAGUCUUCUGAAAGAGGUACCAGAGAGGGUGCCAUCACAGGGCAUGACACACAGACGACACUGAUUUGAAGCUAGAACCAAAUAAAAAUAUGUUGCAAACACAUUGACUAAACAGGGGAAACAGUGUUUUAUAUUUUCUGCGGGUCUGUUGUGUAUAAAACAUGAUUUGAUGUCAGUUGCAGCCCAUUUGCGCCCCGCCAUUUUGUGGCAUGCAAAACUUAACGCUUCAGCUGCUCUGAUGUAUAACACCUCAUUGUGCACCAAACGCAUUUUGCUUUAUCCAACAUGUACUUUGACCAAACUCCGACAAAAAGCAAGUGUAACCCGCGUAGUCCGCACACAAUGUAUUUAAAACUGAAUCGAGGAGGACUUCAUGCAAAUGAGCCGUGACACACGAUGUGAACUUCAGAGUAUUUGCGUGUUAUUUCUUGGUUUGUUUCGUCAAAAAUCAGACACUGAUUCAAAAUCAGAAAUAUGUCAUGGUGUCCGUGUUACAUGUUACAUUCAAGAUCUAUUUUUUCUAAUCAAUACACUUCAGGGAACUGUUUUUUUACAUCAUGCUGGGGCAUUUUUGACACUUUAAGGUAAGAUUAAAGCUGUGAUGGUAAUGCUGUCUGGUUUAGGAGUAGGAGUAGGAGUAGGAAGGAGCAAAGCUUAUUUAAUCCUACCCCCCAUCCGUUUUGCAUCAAUUGUAAUACAUUUGUCUACUUCCUGUAUUCCAAAUGCCCUCUUUGCUGGUUUAAAUACAUAGGAAAGUGAUAGGCAAUGUAAUAAUGUGCUAAAAUAGUAGUCAAAAUGUUUGUCACCAUCACUACAGUACUUCAUAUGAUUAUCAUAGGAAAUAAUAUGUAUAAAAUAGACAGAACAUAGUUGGAUACUGGGUGAGUACUGACAAUGAAGUCCUAAGAAUGAAGAGUUAGUCGUGAGUGUUGUACUGUAUUGUUUCGACAUAGUAUUGUAUGUACACAGGACACAGGACUCUUCUUCCUGGUACUUUGCAAACAUCAACUGCUCGUAUUGUUUCUUAAAAUCACUCAUGUUAGUGCAUUGUUUCAGUUCCUUAGCUGUUUGAAAAUCAACUAGAUCAGCAAAUUUUAAUAUUUGUGAUUUUAGAAAUACAGGACUUGUAUGUUCUCUAUAUGCAGCAUUAUGGAUGAUCCUAACUGAUCUUUUUUGCAGUACCUUUAGUCAGUGAAGUGUAUAGUGUAUAUUUUAUAAUUAUUUUCCUAAGUCUCCACACAGUAAGUUAGAUAUGGUAAUACCAGAGAGCUAUAGAGUGUAUGGAGUGAUUUUUGAUCAAGGACGAAUUUUGCUUCAUUCAAUAUUGAUGUAUUUCUCACCACUUUAUGUUGUAUACUUUUAAUUUGAGAUUCCCAGCUCAUCUUUUCAUCUAAAAUGUCCCCCAGAAAUGUUUUUUCGUUAUCCCUUUCAAUGUCCACUCCAUCAAUUUGUGUUUGUGCAUAAGUAUCCUUUCUGCCAUUAUCUUAGUUUGACUUCGGUUCAGGGAUAAUCUGCUUCUUAGUGUAGUCAUUUCAUGUGUGACUUUUUUUAUUAGCUCUUGUGUACUUUCUCCAAAAAAGGCAGUAGUAUUGUCUGCAAAUAGUACUAGCUUUAGGUCUUUCGUAACUUUAGAGAUAUCAUUUAUGUAUAGCUUGAACAGUUUUGGUCCCAGUAUUGACCCCUGGGGUAUGCCACACGAUAUAUUAAAGCAUGCUGAAGUAUAUUCUCCUAGCUUCACGUAUUGCUUCCUGGUAGCUAGAUAUUUUUUAAACAAAUUCAGCAUAAACCCUCUGAUUCCAUACCUUUCUAAUUCUGUAGUUAGAAUGUUGUGAUUAAUUGUAUUGAAAGCUUUUGUCAAAUUCAUAAAUACUGCAGCUGCGCUCUUUGUGCGGUCUAUAGCGUUGGUCAUUUCCUCAGUAAUUUCGAUCAGUUUCAUGGAAGAUGAAAUGUUAGCUCUGUAUCCGUAUUGGCUGUCUGCGUGUAAUUUAUUCUUAUUAAUAAAUUUGUCCAACAUGUUGCUGAAUAAGUUUUCAAUAAUUUUGGAAAAUUGUGGUAAUAAUGAAACUGGCUCACAGUUUUGUAAAUUGAUGUUGAAAAUUGGAAAUACUUUAGCUGUUUUCAUUAUUUUGGAAAUUCCCCAGUCUGAAAUGAUAAGUCACUGAUGCACAUCAGUGGUUCUGCCAGCUGGUUGAUUACCAUUUUUAUUGUUUCCGUAUCGAUUCCAUUACAAUCAGUUGAUGUUUUCGUUUUACAUCAGUGAGGAACAUUGAGUUAGUGGUCCUGUCUACAGUUUCAUUCAGUUCCUCCACUGACCAGAAUUUUGGAAUCUUUUCCUCCAUCUUUGGUCCAAUAUUUACAAAGUAGUUAUUGAACUGUUCAACUACCUCCUUCAUAUCAUCAUAAUUGGCAUUUCCAACCGUGAUAUAAAGAGCGUAGUCGAAUUUCUUAGUACCAUUCCUAAUAAUACUGUUUAGAAUGCACCAAGUUGCUUUCAUAUUACUUUUAUUUUUGUCUCGUAAUAGACUAUAAUAUUUUUUUCUGCUUCUUUAGUUUGUUGAAUGAUAAAUCUCUGGUAUAAUGUUGUUUUGUUCUUCUUUUCUUACUCUUUUGCUUAUUGGACAUUCUCUCAAGCGACAGUGCUUAUCAUAUAGCUCCAUAUAAGUAUUGAGAAAGUGUUCAUAUGCUUCAUCCACAUACAUCAUUUCCAUCGUACGCCCUCGCCCAUCUUUGUUUUUCCAGACCUUUCUUAGAAGCGUUGACACUGUCCUCUGUGCUUAAGCUUUGGAAAAUUCUUUUGUCUUUCAUUUCCCUAUUUUUAUAGUUUUGGUUGUAAACACGGGAGGAUGGUCACUGAUGUCACUAAUUAGCAGACCACUAGUUGUGUUGUUAUCAAAAUCAUAAGUGAAUAUAUUAUCAAUUAGCGUGGCACAGUGGUCUGUUAUUCUACUUGGUCUGGUGAUUUUAGGAUAUAGACUCAAACUAUACAUUGUAUCUAGAAAGUCAUCUGUUAUCUUGUUUGGAUUCAGAAGAUCAAUAUUGAAGUCCCCACAUAGGAAGAUGUUUUUUUUUUCCCUGAUGUCUGUGAAGAUUGCUUUGAUCCAGUCCUAUAGAAACAACUUAAUAGCUUUUUUCUUUACAGAUUUUGAUCGUUAAUCAUUCAAUAAUGUUAUCGAUAGCACAUGACAUGCAUGACAUGUUUUGUAGUUCAGAUAUUUGUACACGUACACAUCCACUCCUCCUCCACUGUUCCUGGUAAUGCAGAUCGUUUCACAACCUUCCAGCUCCACGUCCGUACCCUCGUCAGCAUUAAUCCAAGUUUCUGAGAUUGCAGUUACUUUGACGGGUUCCUUGAUCUGAUGCAAAUAUUGUCUGAUGAUGUUAUAAUUUGCAUACAUGCUUCUGCUGUUUAUGUGGAUAAUAGACAACUUAUGGCCAAUAUGAAUAUUAUUAGUGUAUUCUUCUUACGUGUAGUAACAGCAGCAGUUUUUGAUAUGGCAAAAAAAAAAAUAGUGUUCGGAUCUUCUUCUUUUUCCAAAUCCAGUUGCUUGUGUUCUGGAAAGCAAAAGGUUUCCAAUUGUCGAGCUUCUCGUCCUAAACCCAAUGCUUGUUGUUGAUCAGUCCCUUGUGGCAUGCUGAUGAUGAUCAUGAAUGUGAUCCUUCCCUCUGCGUCGUUCCUGUUUGUGAGUUGUGUUCCUUUUCCAUGUUGUCUUCUUGAUGUGGUCUUAAUAUUGGUCCAGACUCUGGCCUCUGGUCCUCCAUUGAACUUGAUGUAAAUUAUGCAGUUGGCACUCUAAGUGCCUUGGAUCUUUCCCUGCUUCUUCAAGUCACGUGUUUUCUUGGCAAUUCCAACAUUGCGUUUUGUCAGGUGCUCAUUCGUAGACGUUUGUUCCUUUCAGCGUGAUUGUCAACUUGUGGGUCGUAGGGUCUUUGCCAAAAAAAAAAACCCCAACGUAAUGACCUGAUGUUCGGCAAUGCACCUUGCACAGGUGCUAUUCACUUGCAACGCCACCACGAGGUGCGUGCUCAUGUUUAUGGCCGACUUGUUCAAGCUUGACCGGUAGAGGAAGGACAUCGAGUGUGGACUUAAUGCUCCAUCCGACCAACACACAGCUAGAUAUCUGAUGAAGAGCGCGGCAUAAAGCGAAGGUUCAUGUGUUGCACGGUGGAAUUCUGCUCACAGUGAGACUACCAGGUACUGGGAAGCAUUUCAUGUCCAAUUCCAUCGAUUGACCUGAGGGCUGGUUUAAAGAAGAAAUGGUCCUCCUACUAUUAUUAAUUUUACCUAUUGAGUGCUGAAGCAGAGCAACUAGAUUCGCUUGAUUUUCUUGAAGAUCUUUCACCUCUCAUCCAGGUCCAUGCUCUGAUCACAUUUCCCUGAACGUGCUGAAAACCUUUAGACACUUUUUUUUCAAAUAAUUUAUGAAUUUGAGGAUAAAAACUCAUUGCUCCUGAAAUGAGCAUGAAACUUGUUUUGUUCUUUUAUUUUGCACCACCUCAAAUUCAAAUUGAACCUUAAUGUCCAUCCAUCCAUUUUCUAUGCCACUUAUUCUUACUAGGGUUCUGGGUAUGCUGGAGCCUAUCCCAGCUGACUUUGGGCAAGAGGCGGGGUACACCCUUGACUGGUCGCCAGCCAAUCACAGGGCACAUAUAGGCAAACAACCAUUCACACUCACAUUCAUACCUAUGGACAAUUUAGAGUCACCAAUUAACCUAACAUGCAUGUUUUUGGAAUGUGGGAGGAAACCGAAGUCCCUGGAGAAAAAACCCACGCAUGCACGGGAAGAACAUGCGAACUCCACAUAGAGAUGCCCUACGGAGAUUCGAACUCACUCCUGACUGUGUGGCCAACAUGCUAACCAAUAGGCCACCGUGCAACCCCUGAACUUUGUCAUUUCAUUAAAGGGAUUGUUGACAACUGGCUCAAAAUCACAGCAGCAGCGCUUAGCAAAUGCUCCUGCGCAUGCGUUACCUGGGCUGCAGCUGACACACACGGGGCAGGAAGAGGGCGGGAUAUAAUGCUUGAAAAACGUUCAGAUAUUUGUGCCCUCUAGGCAGCUGCAUAAUUGUUGCAAACAGUUAUUUUAAUCUUCAAAUACAUACAUUUAAUUAAUCAGAUAAAUAAGAUAUUUGAGAAGUCUGCAUUAAAAAAAUUCAGCAGUUUGGGUGGCUGCUUGAAGGGUGAUGGUGGGUCCCGCAGCCAAACCAGCUGAGAACCACUGGUUUAAAGCAUUUAUAGUAAUCUAGAUGAUAUAUAUUAUAGCGAUACCUUAUUUUAAUAUGUAAAUUGGUUAGAAAAUAACUUUCAAUUUUGGUUGCUAUGUCACGCUUGUGGUACCCUUUUCAGGAGACUGACCCUUAUUAUUCGAUAUUAUACUAAUUUGCGUUGUCCCUUGUAAGACAAAGCUAAGAUGUUGAUUUUGUUCCGAGUUUAGCAUUCAUGGACAGAUUGUACAAAAUGGCUCUCACAUCCUUGCAUUUUUUGUAUGGGACCCUGGUAUAAAGACUGGACACCCGUAUGUAUUAUGGCGUGAUGCUGCCCUCUAGUGGAGCAUCGAAGAAGCCUCCACUAUCUCUUGGCACAACUUAAGUUUAUUGGACUGAGACUUUCACUCUUCUCUCCUGAUGUAUAAACAAAACCUGUUUUACAACAUUUAAGAUUUGUACUUGCUGAAUGUUCCUCCACUUGAAUGGAAUCUUUGUACUGAAAUAAAAGCUUGUUAUGUAAA